AUGAAAAUCUUAGAAAAACUCUAUCAACCGAUAAAGACUGCUUCAAUUUCUGGCUCUUACAAUGUUGAAGACUCCCAAUCCAUUAUAAGACCACCGUACUUCAAUGGUGUAAACUAUUCUUAUUGGAAUAAUAUGAUGAUGUUGUUCAUUCAAGCUACCAAUUACUUGGUUCGGUAUGUCAUCAUUAAUGGUUCACCUACUCCACCAAGAAACAAGUUGGAAUGGACCAACGAAGAUAGGAAACUAGCUCAACUAAAAGCCAAAUCCAUUCACAUUCUAUUUUGUGCACUUAGCCCCGAUGAGUAUAGUGGAGUGUCCUCAUGCUCAAAUGCUAAAGAAAUUUGGGAGGUUGAAGUCACUAAUGAAGGAACAAUUCAAGUCAAAAGGUCUAAGAUUGACAUUCUCACUCUCAAUUAUGAGAACUUCAAGAUGAAUUCCAAUGAAGACAUAAAGACGAUGUAUAAUCAGUUUACCUCAAUAAUCAACGAUUUGAAAAACUUUGGGAAAGUUUAUCCCAAUGAAGAAGUAGUGGGAAAGAUGCUUGACUCAUUGCCUACAUCUUGGGAAGGCAAAACAACCGUCAUCGAAGAAGCAAAGGAUUUGGAGUUGUACACCAUCAAUUAUUCACCUACUCCACCAAAGAAGAAAGGAUCAAGCAAGACAAAGAAGAAGGAUUUUGUGGCUACAUGGAGUGAUGAAGGCGUCACUGAUGAGGAAGAGGAUGAAGUAGCCAAUAUUUGCCUCAUGGCCAUCCAAGAAGAUUCAAAGGUGAAGGAUAUGAGUGAACGGAACGACGUCAAAGAGCUUCGUCAACAAUGCCUCGUCAUUCAAAUCUCAUUCAACGAUGAAAAUUUGGUGCUUGCUGAAAAGAUUCUGCCUCUUCAUCAGCCCCCUUCAAUGGCAAUGGCAAAAGAAAACGAUGAGUUUCAGAAAGGAGUAAAACAUCUUCUGGAGAAUGGAGUUAGAAAACUUCCAAAUAUGUAUAUAUUGCCUAUAUCAGAUCGACCCAAUGUGGAUAAAGAGCAGCCAAUUAUGGCUAAAUCUGGUCUUAAAUCGUCCAUAAUCGAUUUUGCUGAAUUACAAGGCCCAAACCGGUCCCAUGUCCUUAACUCCCUCUCCUUGGCUUGUGAAGAAUAUGGGUUUUUUCAGGUGGUAAAUCAUGGAAUCCCCAUCCAUGUUAUAAGAAGAAUAGUUGACGUUAGCACCAGUUUCUUCGGGCUCCCACACGAGGAACGAUCAAAGUACAUGUCUUCCGACAUGGCAUCACCUGUUCGAUAUGGAACAAGCUGGAACCAGAACAAAGAUGAUGUCUUCUAUUGGAGAGAUUUCUUGAAGCUUGUCUGCCAUCCUUUAUCAGAUGUUCUCCCUCAUUGGCCUUCUUCCCCCAUGGAAUUCAGGGACUGGGCGGCUACCUACGUAAAAGAAACCAAGUACUUGUUUCUACGAAUAAUGGAGGCCAUUCUAGAGACCCUAGGCUUGUGGGGUGCCAAUAAAGAUGAUGGGAUACUAAAGCAAUUGGAUGAUGGAAGCCAGCUAAUGGUGGUUAAUUUUUAUCCUCCAUGCCCUGAACCUGACCUUACAUUAGGGAUGCCACCCCACUCAGAUUAUGGAUUCUUAACCCUUCUUCUCCAAGAUGAUGUUCAAGGUUUACAGGUUCAAUACAAAGGACAAUGGAUCACUGUUGAACCAAUCGACAAUUCUUUUUUUGUUAACGUUGGUGAUCACCUUGAGAUAUUUAGCAAUGGGAGAUACAAAAGUGCGUUGCAUAGGGUGUUUGUGAAUCCGAUUAAGCCACGGCUAUCGGUGGCGUCAUUGCAUAGUUUGCCUUUCUAUUGCAUGGUUAGACCGUCCCCCAAACUAAUCGACGACGCUAAUCCAAGGCGCUACAAAGAUACAGAUUUCGCCACUUUUCUUGAAUACAUCUCAACUUGUGAGCCCAAGGAAAAAAACUUCUUGGAGUCCAGGAAAUUGACCUCAAACAAUAUAUCAAACUGA